AUGAAGACUUUUGUUCCCAUCUUUAUGCUGUGGCAUCUCAUCACCACAGACGCCCAUACAUACGGCGUCACUGACAAGUUGCAAGCAUCUCUACUUAAAGGAUACAACAAAGACCUUCGCCCUCGCUGGAACCAACAGGACACUGUGGACGUCUACAUGAGCAUCAACUACUUCUCCGUCCUUGACCUCGACGUUGUCAAGGAGACCCUGACUACAGAUAUUUGGGCGUUUUACAUGUGGAUGGAUGAUAUACUGACUUGGAAUACGUCAGUGCAUGGUGACAUUGAAGGCUUCAAAGUGACCCUGACAAAAGUAUGGGCCCCGGAUGUUGUGGUCCAGAAUCCUAUUGAAACCUCUAUCGUCACUUCCGGUAGUAGGAUGCGCGCUUUCCACACUGGACUUAUUCGGAUCGAUGUUGAAUACCAUACUGAAACAAGUUGUGUUACCUCUGUAACAAAGUUCCCAUUCGACGAACACACUUGUGAAAUUCUCUUUUCUUCAGAUACGUACGUCGCCGGAGAGUUGAAUAUAUCUACAGUUGAAGUGCGUUAUCCGUUUACUUCGAAAAGCAGUCAGUGGAAUGUAGUCGGUGGUGGUUCUGAAAAAGAAAAGGGAGACAAGAAAAAGCAGAGUUUUGUGAAACUGCUGGUUACCGUCAAGAGGCAGCCUGUCUACUUCGUGGUGAAUCUCCUACUACCAAUCCUGGUCAUCUCGACGCUCAGUCCGUGCGUCUUCCUGGUCAAGUCUGAAACAGGAGAGAAACUGUCCAUCUCGGUGACCCUGUUCCUGUCUUUCACAUUCUUCAUCACUCUUCUUAACGGUAUGCUACCCCAGACCUCCAGUAGCACCUCACUUAUCUCCCUUUACGUAUGUAUCCAACUCCACCUGAGCGGUUUGUAUAUCGUCCUCUGUAUCGUCAUCCAGCGCGUCAGUCUCAUGAAGGAACACAACACGAUUACGUCUCGUAUUGCCAGGUUCACAUGUGUACCAUCCAAAGUCGCCGUUACUCCUCUUAUCGUUAAACCGGAUGUAGACGCACCGGAAGUAACACCGGAAAUGAGGAUCCCUGGUCCGACGGAAGUCGCUGACAAACUGGACAAAUUGUUUUUCAUAUUCUUCUUUGUCGUAUCCGGCGCUCUUACAGCUGGAUAUUCAGUCUUCGUGGCCCUAUGAUCUUCUGUGUGAAUCAACUGUGAUGCAACGGAAGUGAGACGAAAAUCGGAGAUCCCUGCUCCGACGGAAGUCGCUGACAAACUGGACAAAUUGUGUUAUGUUGUACGCUUUGUCAUGUCCUUCAUUUCUUACCAGUAGUUGUUCCGUUGUCGUGAGCCUAUGAUCUUCUGUGUAAAUGAACAGUCAUGCCCCGGAAGUGAGACCAAGAUUGGAGAUCCUUGUUCGACGGUAGUCGGUAACAAACUGGACAAAUUGUGUGUCACGAUUGGAAUAAUACCGUAUUCCCUUUUU